AUGAAUUUUGAAAUUUCGAAAAGCGCGCGUAAGAAGAAGAAAGAAACAAAAAUUGAGUUAGAAGGAAGACGAUCUUUCAUCGUUGAUAAUUAUUAUACAGCUAUUGAUUGUCUUAAAGUGUAUUUAAAAAACCAGCCAAUUAUUCAUAAUACAGUAAACACAAAGUUUGGUUUCUUAUGGAAACUGCAUGAACUAGACGACAGUGAAUUUAUUAGAAGCAGAGCAAAGGAGUUGAAACAACUAUAUGCUACUGAUUUAGAAGAAACCUUUGCAGAAGAAUGCGUCCAUUUGGCGCAGUUUUUUAAAAUCUGACACCGAGGUCGAGCGUUCUCUUUCUGCCAGAACCCCAAAGGGUUUGUUGCAGUUUAUAAAAAGUUUUAAUAUUUUAAGCAUGUUCCCGAAUGUGGAGAUGAUAUUAAGAAUUUCUUUGACAAUGAGUGUUACCAACUGCAGCGGCGAAAGGUCUUUUUCAGCACUGAAGAGAGUAAAAAAUUACUUACGCUCCACACUCCGCCAGCAAAAGCUUGCAGCGCUCUCUCUAAUGUACAUAAAAAGUGAUAUUCUUCAAACUAUCGAAUUUGAAAAAAUUGUGAAAAGAUUUGCAAACGCUAAAGCAAGAAAAAAGAACUUAUUAUAA